AUAAGAAAAUUCAAGUCAAAGACCAUGGGAGAUGCAGCAAAACCUUAUUUUGUAAAGCGCACUAAAGACCGAGGGACUGUUGAUGAUGAUGAUUUCAGAAGGGGACACCCCCAACAAGAUUAUUUAAUAGUGGAUGAUUAUGCUAAAGGCCACAGUGGUAAAAUGGAAAAAGGCCUUCCCAAAAAAAAGGUAUCACCAGGGAACUAUGGGAAUACUCCCAGAAAAGGACUAUAUGCAACUUCCAAUAAUCCAUACGCAUUUAAAAAUCCAAUUUACAGCCAACCAGCUUGGAUAAAUGACAGCCACAAAGAUCAGAACAGGAGAUGGCUUUCUGAUGAACUUUCUGGUAAUUCAGACAGUUGGAGAGAAUUUAAACCUGGACCUAGAGUUCCUGUUACAAGCCGACCAAGAAAAGACUCCUUUCAAGAAUGUGAAGAUGGUUAUAGGUGGCAAGAUGGAAGAGGCUGCAGAACUGUAAGACGACUGUUUCAUAAAGAGCUAACGAGCCUAGAAACUAUGUCAGAAGUGGAAGCAGGAAGCCCUGAAAACAAGAAGCAGAGGUCCAGACCUAGGAAACCAAGGAGAACUAGAAAUGAAGAAAAUGAGCAGGAUGAAGGCUUGGAAGGUCCCGUGAUUGAUGAAUCAGUCCUUUCCGUGAAGGAGUUGCUGGGCUUACAGCAGGCUGAGGAGCGACUAAGAAGAGACUGUAUUGACAGGCUAAAAAGGCGACCACGAAACUACCCUACAGCAAAAUACACCUGCAAGCUCUGUGAUGUUUUAAUUGAAUCCAUUGCAUUUGCCCAUAAGCAUAUCAAAGAGAAAAGGCACAAGAAAAACAUUAAGGAAAAGCAGGAGGAAGAGUUGCUCACUACGUUACCCCCACCAACACCCUCCCAGAUAAAUGCAAUUGGUAUUGCUAUUGACAAAGUGGUACAGGAGUUUGGCUUACACAAUGAGAACUUGGAACAGAGACUAGGAAUUAAACGUAUCAUGGAAAAUGUGUUCCAACACAAGUUACCAGAUUGUUCUCUAAGAUUAUAUGGGUCAUCCUGUAGCCGAUUUGGUUUCAAAAAUUCAGAUGUAAACAUUGACAUCCAAUUUCCAGCCAUUAUGUCUCAACCAGAUGUUCUCUUACUUGUUCAAGAAUGUUUAAAGAAUAGUGAUUCUUUUACUGAUGUUGAUGCAGAUUUCCAUGCUAGAGUUCCAGUGGUGGUGUGCAGAGAAAAGCAAAGUGGUCUCCUUUGUAAAGUGAGUGCAGGAAAUGAAAAUGCUUGUCUGACAACAAAUCAUUUAACUGCCCUUGGAAAACUAGAACCCAGACUGGUUCCUUUGGUGAUUGCAUUUAGAUAUUGGGCAAAGCUUUGCAGUAUAGAUCGUCCUGAAGAAGGUGGCUUGCCACCUUACGUGUUUGCCUUGAUGGCCAUUUUCUUUCUUCAGCAGAGGAAAGAGCCCCUUCUGCCUGUUUACCUAGGAUCAUGGAUUGAAGGAUUUUCAUUAAACAAACUAGGAAAUUUCAACCUUAAAGAUGUCGAGAACAACGUUGUGGUGUGGGAAUACAUUGAUGCUGCCACAGGGGAUACAGACGCAGCCAAAGAAGAGUGGCCCAGAGAGCCCAGAGACAAGCGGGUUAAAAUGGGACAGGUACCAUUAAUAUUUGACUUAAAGCACCAGCCUUCAGUACCAGUUGGGCAGCUCUGGGUGGAAUUGCUUCGAUUCUAUGCUUUAGAAUUUAAUUUGGCUGAUUUAGUGAUAAGUAUACGUGUCAAAGAAUCUGUUUCCCGUGAAUCAAAGGACUGGCCCAAAAAGCGCAUUGCUGUUGAAGAUCCCUACUCUGUUAAAAGGAAUGUGGCAAGGACUCUAAAUAACCAACCUGUGUUUGAAUACAUUCUUCACUGUUUAAGAACAACGUAUAAAUAUUUUGCUCUUCCACACAAAAUUGCAAAAUCUGGCCUUCUGAAGCCUGUGGGUGCAGUUACAGAUAUAUCAGAACAUAAAGAAGUAAUUAAUCAUGAUCCAGAUGUACAAACAAAAGAUGACAAAUUUGAAAAUUCAAUUUUGACUCCGAGUCCUGGUGCUAUCAGUCGAACUGCAAAUACUCACAAGGUACAGCCAGUUAAACAGAUUGCUGAUCACUUUGGGGACCCACCAGAAGAGGAAAUGGGAAACAUGCGCAUCAGUGUCAGCCUGGAAAACUCAGACUGUAUCAAAGCAGAAGCCAAUUGUGACGAUUAUGAGGAUGUUGGCAUGCACCAUCAGGAAACAGGAGGUGAAGAUAAAUUAAAAAUUGAAAAGGAGGGCCAGCAUUUGGCUGCUCAUGAUCAAGAUCUAAACAGUAGCAAACAUGGAGAACUUGCCAUCUGUGGCAGUGCAUGCAAUGAGACUGACAGACCUUUGGAUUUAGAAGGUUUCCAAAAUCUUACAGUCCAAGGGCGUGAUGGAUUUGUUACUAUAGUUGUCAGGGCUGAUAUUGAUGAAGUGAGUAUAGAAGGUACUGAUGAACUAGAGGACUCUCUAAACCAUUUUGCCCCUUCAGUACAGAGCCACACAUCAGAAAUCAUUAACUCUGAUGAAGAGGAGGAAGAAGAAGAGGAGGAAGAAGAGCCCAGGCUCACUGUCAACCAACAGGAAGAUGAAGAUGGUAUUGCUAAUGAAGAUGAGUUAGACAACACCUAUACUGGAUCAGGAGAGGAAGAUGCCCUGUCUGAAGAGGAUGAGGAACUGGGCGAGUCUGCUAAGUACGAAGAUUUGAAAGAAUGUGACACACAUGCUGAUGGAGCUCUUCUAGUGGAACUGAAUAAAAUAAAUCUUAAGGAAGAAAACAUAUGUGAGGAAAAUUCAGCUGAGGACCAGUGUGAUCUCUUCUAUGAAUUUAAUAAACUUAUCUUCACCAAAGGCAAGUCUCCUACAGUGGUGUGCAGUUUAUGCAAACGAGAGGGUCAUUUAAAGAAGGACUGUCCUGAAGACUUCAAACGAAUCCAGCUGGACCCUUUGCCACCAUUAACACCCAAAUUUUCAAGUAUCUUAGAUCAAGUUUGCAUCCAGUGUUACAAGGAUUUUUCUCCAACAAUUUUAGAAGAUCAGGCUCGUGAACAUAUCCGGCAAAACCUAGAAAGCUUCAUAAAACAAGAGUUUCCAGGAACUAAAUUGAGCUUGUUUGGCUCCUCCAAAAAUGGAUUUGGGUUCAAACAGAGUGACCUUGACAUCUGUAUGACAAUUAAUGGACUUGAAACUGCCGAGGGGUUGGACUGUGUAAGAACUAUUGAAGAAUUAGCAAGAUUCCUCAGAAAACAUUCAGGUCUGAGAAACAUCUUACCUAUUACAACAGCAAAGGUGCCCAUUGUAAAGUUCAUCCAUUCAAGAAGUGGUCUAGAAGUGGAUAUCAGUUUGUAUAACACAUUGGCUCUUCACAACACAAGGCUCUUAUCUGCUUAUUCAGCCAUUGACCCCAGAGUGAAAUACUUGUGCUAUACCAUGAAAGUAUUUACAAAGAUGUGUGACAUUGGGGAUGCAUCUAGAGGCAGCUUAUCAUCGUAUGCAUACACUCUUAUGGUGCUAUAUUUUCUCCAGCAGAGGAAUCCACCAGUCAUUCCUGUCCUUCAAGAGAUAUAUAAAGAUGAAAAGAAACCUGAAAUAUUUGUUGAUGGCUGGAAUACUUAUUUUUUUGAUCAAAUAGAUGAACUGCCCAGUUAUUGGCCAGAAUAUGGAAAAAAUACAGAAUCUGUUGGGCAGCUAUGGUUGGGACUUCUUCGUUUCUACACAGAGGAAUUUGAUUUUAAAGAACAUGUUAUUAGCAUCAGGAGAAAAAGUCUGCUUACAACUUUUAAAAAACAGUGGACUUCGAAAUACAUCGUUAUUGAAGAUCCCUUUGAUUUGAAUCAUAAUCUUGGAGCUGGAUUAUCAAGGAAAAUGACAAAUUUUAUAAUGAAAGCUUUUAUCAAUGGGAGAAGAGUGUUUGGUAGUCCAGUCAAAGGAUUUCCAAAGGACUACCCCUCCAAAAUGGAGUAUUUUUUUGAUCCAGAUGUACUAACUGAAGGAGAGCUGGCACCAAAUGAUAGAUGUUGCCGAAUUUGUGGGAAAAUCGGACAUUUUAUGAAAGACUGUCCAAUGAGGAGAAAAGUAAGGCGACGGCGAGAUCAGGAAGAUACUCCGAACCAAAGAUACCCUGAGAGCAAAGAAAAAAGAAGUAAAGAGGACAAAGAAAUUCAAAACAAGUACACAGAAAGGGAGGUGCCAGCAAAAGAAGAUAAGUCCCUGCAGUGCACAUCUCAGAAAGCCAAGCCAAUGAGGGCCACUGUUGACCUGGGAAGAGAGAAGCUUCUCAGACCCCCAGUAGAGAAGUGGAAGAGACAGGAUGACAGAGACUUAAGAGAAAAGCGUUGUUUUAUUUGUGGAAGAGAAGGGCACAUUAAAAAAGAAUGCCCACAAUUUAAAGGCUCUCCAGGUAGCCUUUCCAGUAAAUAUAUGACUCAGGGAAAAGCCUCACCGAAGAGGACCCAACAGGAAUCAUGA